AUGAACGAAGUAGAGAAAAUUACACGUGUUAUUCGCGUGGGUUCCAGAAAAAGCCAGCUGGCCCUUGUUCAGACAAAUAUUGUUAUUGAAGCACUUCAAGAGAAUUUCCCCGACCUCCGUUUUGAGGUCGUUAAAAUGUCAACCAAAGGAGAUAAAAUACUUGACAUGGCCCUAUCAAAAAUUGGAGACAAGAACCUGUUUACAAAGGAACUGGAAAAUGCAUUGUACUUGAAAGAAGUUGACUUUGUUGUGCACUCUUUGAAAGACGUUCCAACUGUAAUGCCACCCGGCCUGGUGCUAGGAUGCGUGACCAAUCGUGUGUCUCCGUUCGAUGUUGUUUUGAUGUCGAAUGCCAAUAGAGGCAAGAAAUUGGCUGAAUUACCGAAAAACUCUAAUGUGGGCACAAGCGCGUUGCGAAGAAUCGCUAUCCUCCGACGAAAGCAUCCGCAUCUUGACUUUUCUUCUAUUCGAGGCAAUUUAUCUACGCGCCUCCAAAAACUUGACGCUUGCAGUGAUACAAAAAACACUAACGGUGGGUCCUCCCAUCAGCCCUCCGCUUAUGAUGCGAUUAUCCUGGCUGAGGCCGGUAUCCUUCGUCUCGGAUGGCAAGACAGAAUAGACGAAGUAAGUCGUCCUGCUCCUUUUUUCUCUUUAAAGUCAAGUAUCGAUGGCUUUAGUUAG